GCUUGUCAGAAGGUUGCAAAAGGUGAUCUCAUGACCCCGGGACACUGCAAGCGUCAUAAAUAUGAGUCAGUUGCCAAGCGUCUGCAUUUCGAUCAUGUGAUCAUGGGGAUGCGGCAACGGUGAUAAGACUGAGAAAUGGUUGUGUCACUUUUUUUCGGUGCCAUUGUAACUUUGAAUGGUCACCAAACUGCUCUAAAUCGAGGACUACCUCAAGUAUUACUCCCACCUAUAUAAUGUUUCUUCUUAUCCUUCUUGUAAAGAGUUUCUGAGCUAUAUUCAUCUGCACUUAGGAUAUUAACCUCAGUAUUAUCUGGUGUGUCGCUUACACGUUUGGUUCACCUGAUGUGUAAAACAGUAACAAAGUUACAUGUACUGUAAUUUUAUGUGGGAAUGACCUUUUGAGACAGAAGGAAGAGCUUCAGAUUGGAUAAUCAUUAUCUAAAAGACAUUUCAGGGGAGAAGUGGAUGAAAAACAUUUCAGAAGGGACCCUCCUUAGUUUUCUGAAGAGUAAAAGGACAGGAGGGGAGAAAUACCUUUGCUUAAAGAUUCUGUUAAUCUAACAACUCAAUAAAUAUAGAGUUAGUACACAUUGUUGUGCUUCUUGCCUGGACUACCUCAAAGAAUAACAUUUGCUAGGAUGCUUCCCUUGUCUCCCGUUAGUAUGGAUUCUGGAUCUAGUGUUUCACAGUUUUAAUUCAGUAAGAUGUUACCUUGACCAAUUUUCUCCCUAAAACCUCUGUGCUUUAUUCCCAGUUUGAAGGGAUAUACGGUGGAUCAGAAAUGCAUAUAUUGCAUCUUAGAUUUAUAUUCCAAAAGAAUGACAAGCAAACGUAAUUGACUUCAUUAUCAAUGGCGAUAUUUAAAAGUCGGUGGGAAAUAAAGUUCUUCUGAAGCAAGUUCUCCCUUCUGUUUUUUUCCAUUGCUAUAAUGGAGUAGAAUGUAAGAGAGAAAUUAAAUUCAUAUUUCAAGGAAAGAUUCCACAGAAAGAAUUAGAGACACUGUUUCCUGGAAAGAGUGCUGAUUUUACAAGUGAAAACUUUUCUGCUGCUUGGUAUUUAAUAGAGAAUCAUUCAACAGCAAGUUUUGAUCAGCUUAAAAUGGCAGUAAUAAAUCUGAGGAAACAAGCCAACAAGAAAAACGAGGGAAAUCUUCAAUACGUCAAAGGAGGUCUCAGCACUUUUUUUGAAGCACAGGAUGCCUUGUCAGCUAUCCAUCAAAAACUAGAAGCGGAUGGAACAGAAAAAGUAGAAGGAUCCAUGACGCAAAAACUAGAGAACGUUCUCAACAGAGCAAGCAAUACCGCAGAUACAUUAUUCCAGGAAGUUUUGGGUCGCAAAGACAAGGCUGAUUCAACAAGAAAUGCCUUAAACGUUUUACAGCGCUUCAAAUUUCUUUUCAAUCUUCCAUUAAAUAUUGAAAGAAACAUUCAAAAGGGAGAUUAUGAUGUAGUCAUUAAUGACUAUGAAAAAGCAAAGUCAUUAUUUGGAAAGACUGAAGUUCAAGUCUUCAAAAAAUAUUAUGCUGAAGUUGAAACACGAGUCGAAGCAUUAAGAAAACUUCUUCUGGAUAAAUUACUUGAGACACCAUCAACAUUACAUGACCAAAAACAUUAUAUAAGAUACCUUUCAGACCUCCAUGCAAAGGGAGACCCAGCUUGGCAAUGCAUUGGUGCACAACAUAAAUGGAUCCUGCAGCUUAUGCACAACUGUAAAGAGAGCUACAUUAAAGAACAAAAAGUCAAUCCAUUGAUACAUAGUCCAUUGCUUGAUCUGGACAGUGAAGUUCGCCCAUCUUCACUUGGCCAUCUCAGUCGGAGUGCCUCAUUGAAAAGAGGCAGCAGCAAUCAGUCCAGUCGUGAUGAAAAUUGGCGAUUUAAAACUCCUCAGCAAGUAGCAUUUGUCGAAAAGUUAACUAAACUUGUAGUAAGCCAGCUUCCCAACUUCUGGAAACUUUGGAUUUCUUAUGUGAAUGGGAGCUUAUUUAGUGAGACUGCUGAAAAAUCUGGCCAAAUGGAAAGAUCAAAGAAGAAUGCCAGACAGAGGCAAAAUGAUUUCAAGAUGAUGAUUCAGCAAGUGAUGCAAUCUCAGGUGAAACUGAUACGUGGUGCUUUGCUUCCAUUCAGCCUUGAAGAAAAUGAACUAAAAGAAUAUGGUGGCUGGGACAUGAAACCUGAGCUUUCUAGUCAGUGGUUACCCCAUGUCAUUCAAACUGUUAGGCUUAGCUAUGAAUCUCUUACUGCUCUUGAAAUACCAAACGAUAUGCUUCAAAUCAUCCAGGAUCUCAUUUUUGACCUGAGAACCCAUUCUAUAAUGAUUACAUUGCAACAUACAGCUGAAGAUGUGAAAAAAUUAGCUGAGAAGGAAGAUUGGAUUGUUGAUAAUGAAAGUUUAACCAGUUUGCCAUCGCAGUUUGAACAAUGUGUUAUACACUCUAUCCAGUCACUUAAAGGAGUCUUGGACUGUAAACCUGGGGAGACUAGUGUUUUUCAGCAGACAAAAAUACGGCAAGAUGUGUGCCAUCUGAGCAUUAAUAUCAUGCAGGUAUUCAUUGAUUGCCUGGAGCAACUGAGUACAAAGCCUGACAGUGAUAUAGAUACUACCCAUCUUCCAGGUGACAUUUCAUCUUCAGAUUUAUUUGGAAGCAUCCAUGAAGAUUUCAGUUUAUCUGUAGAACGGAGGCUUUUAAUUGUCCUCAGUAACUGCUGCUAUUUGGAACGUCACACAUUCAUCAAUCUAGCCGAACAUUUUGAGAAGCAUGGUUUCCAAGGAGUGGAAAAAAUUAUUCAAGUUAGCAUGGAUUCAUUAAAAGAAUUAGAUCAGCGGCUGUUUGAAAUAUACAUUGAGCUAAAGGCUGAUCCUAUAGUAGGUUCAUUGGAACCUGGAAUUUAUGCCGGUUAUUUUGAUUGGAAAGAUUGUCUUCUUCCAACAGGUGUCAGAAACUACUUAAAGGAAGCUUUAGUACACAUAAUUGCUGUACAUGCUGAGGUAUUCACUAUCUCCAAGGAGCUUGUACCCAGAGUUCUGUCAAGGAUUGUUGAAGCAGUUGCCGAAGAACUCAGCAGACUAAUGCAGUGUGUUUCAUCUUUUAGCAGAAAUGGUGCUCUCCAGGCUCGACUUGAAAUUUGUGCCUUGAGAGAUUCCGUGUCUGUAUUCCUCACUUCUGAAAGCAACUCAAGCUUUAAGCAAGCUCUGGAAGCCUUGCCUCAGCUGUCAAGUGGUGCAGAUAAAAAAUUGCUGGAAGAACUACUGAACAUAUUCAAGAGCAGCAUGCAGUUUCAGCUCACCUGCUUUCAAGUUUCUUCUUCCACAGUAGUGAAGACAUAAUUCUGAAACUGGACUCUUUUCAUGAAAAGGGAACUGUAAAUGCCAUCCGUCUUGUUCUCAAGUAACUGUACUAUUCUUUUCUGUGACCUCAUUUUCCUGAACCAAACUUCAGAGUAAAAUUAUUAAUAGACCCAAUGCUUCUAGAAAUAGUAAACAAUACUAUUUUGUUUUGAUGGGAAUUUAUUCUGAAAUAAAUAAACAGUAUGCUUAAUAGCUUGGCAA